AUGAGCGUCCGCGACGACGCCGACGACGACGACGCGCAGGCGGAGCUGCCAGCGCUCGUCGCCAGCCUGCGCCUGUACGGGGACACGCUGGAGUCGGUGGUGGAGCGCGUGCCGGCGGCGGACCUCGCCGCCACUGCCUGCGUCUCGCGCGAGUGGCUCCGCGCGGUGCGGUCCGCGCUGCGCCGCCGCCCGCGGCGCCCGCUGCUGCCCUGGCUCCUCGUACACCUCCACGGCAGACGCUGCCGUCGCCGGACAUGCGCGUACGACCCCCACUCCGGCGCCUGGCUCACCGUGGAGGCCCCGCGGCAACCGGCCACGUCCUCCCCGCCGCCUUACGUGCGCGUCGUCCACGGCGCGCACGGGGACCGCGCCUGCGCGCUCACGGCCUCCAGCCUCGACGUCGCCGGCGACCCGCUCGGGACGUCCGCGCCCGUGUCCCUCAGUCCUCCCGGCGCGUGGCGCGCCGACCCGGUGCUCGCCGCGGUGGGCGACCGCCUGGUGGCCCUCGGCGGCGCGUGCCAGCUGCUCGCCGCCCCCGAGGACACCGGGGUCGAGGUCCACGAAGGCGGGAGCUGGGCCGCCUGCGGCCCGAUGCCGGCGGAGCUCCGGGAGUCGGCCGCGGCGACGUGGCUCUCGGUGGCGGCGACGGAGCAGCGAGUGUACGUCGCGGACAGAACCACCGGGUGGGCGAGCUGGUUCGACCCGUCGAAGCGGCGGUGGGGCUCCACACGUCGCCUCAGGCCGGACGCAGGCGUCUCCACCUGGGGCAUCGCGCCCGGCCGCGCCGGCGCCGGUCUCGUCUUGUUCGGAGCGAAGCGCUGCCGUGGGGACGAAGCAAAUGCUACUACUGCUAAGAGCGAAGUGAUCGUCCAGACAUGGGAGGUGGACGGCGAUGCUCUGGACCUGUCCCCCAGCGGCGCCAUGGCCAUGCCGACCGAGAUGUCGGGGAGGCUCUUCCCCCGCGAGGACGACGACGACGACGAGGUUCUUGUGUCGAUCGGGGUGUGCGGCAACGCCGUCGGAGGGUACGUGUACAACGCGGCGGCGCCGGCCAACGGCGCCGUGUUCUACGAGAUGCAGGAGGGCAGCGGCGUGGUGGAGCGGUGGGAGUGGGUGCCGUCGGCGCCGUUGCUUCCCGCCGAGCCGCUGGGCCGCGCCGUCGUCGCGUGCUCUCCGGUGGCGGUCGACAUGCUGUCUCGAAGACUGCCACUUGUGGGCCCAUAACAUGAACUAGACUGAACAGCCACGCUCUGCCUGGCCGCGCGCCUAUAUUUUGUUCCGACACAACGUGUGUAUCCUAUCUCUACAAGCAUUUUCGAAAAA